AUGUCGUCUGCCCGCAGACGUCAACGAGACAUCUCUUCUACUUAUGUGCCUGGUCCAGUGACGGCCGAUCCAGGAUCUUCAGUGCCAUAUGCUCAACAGCACGAGGAUGAUCUGGUGCCAGAUCCUGUCUGGUACCCGAGUGGUCCUAUAGAUGCGUCCAUAUUGAUAAGGGAUCCCCAGAGGUUCUACAACCAUGACCGAAAGAUAGUCGUUCAUCAGCAGCCUGACGAACUGUGGUUCCGGGAUACACUCGCAGCUUCUAGGCUGAGGGACCUCAGCACGAUAUGCUUCCAAACGAUCCAUAACGGGAUGCUGAUGGCAUUUGCAGAGAGGUGGCAUCCAGAUAUCUCAUCCUUUCAUCUUCCUCUUAGUGAGAUUACCAUCACUCUGGAUAACAUUGCAUGUCUCUUGCAUAUACUUGUCAGGGGUACCCUCCUUAGUCACGGUAGGCUGACGAAUGUGGAAGUGAUGGAGAUGCUGAUUGAGGAGCUAGGGGAUGAUCAUGCUAAUGCGCUUGAGGAGGUGGAGAGGAUCCGCGGGGCGCACAUGAGGUUUCAUACCUUGCAACGAAUAUAUGAUGCGGAGUUUCUUGCGGAAAAUCAGGUUGCUGAUGACGAGGCAUAA